AUGAGCGUGUCGGACAGGGCUGCAUUUGACGUCUGGUAUGCCACACAGAAAGACGUCGUGUUUGACCAGGACCGUGAAUUAGAGCUUUACUGUCGCUCUGAUGUGGCUGUCCUUCGCCAAGCUGCCCUAAAGUUUCGACAACUGUUUCUCGACACUGCUUCCAUAGAUCCAUUUCGAGAGUGUUGCACCCUCGCCUCAUGCUGCAUGCUCAGUUUUCAGGCAAACUUCCUCCCGGCGGAGAAGAUCGCAUUGAUGCCACAAGGCGGGUACUUUGCGGCAGACAUGCAGUCCAAAGUUGCGCUAGAGUGGCUGCAGUGGACUAGUCACACCCUUCAGAUUCCCAUACAGCACGCCGGCAACGGGCGUGAAGCCAAGGUGGGGCCGUACAAACUCGACGGCCUGUACGAGCCACAGAAAAGGGCAUUUGAAUUCUAUGGCUGUUUUUACCAUGGCCAUCCAAAGUGUUUCCCAAUCCGAACAUCAGUUCUUGGUAAUGACAACAAUGAUACGAUGGAGGGCCGGUGGCGGGCCACGCAAGCGAGACAGGAAAUGUUGGAACGGGCGGGUUACACUGUGGAAACCAUUUGGGAAUGUGAAUGGGCUGAACUAAAAAAGGCCGAUCCCGAGGUGCGCGCUUACACCGAGGCGCACCCCGUCCUCCAGGAGGACCCCCUGGACCCUAGGGACGCCUUUUUCGGAGGGCGCACAAAUAACGCCAAGCUGUGGCGUAAGUGUGAGGCUGGGGAGCGCAUCUGCUACGCUGACAUUUGCUCCUUGUAUCCCUACGUCAACAAAAUGGGGAAGUACCCUCUGGGAAAGCCCCGGCGCGCCGUGUACCCCGAUUGUCCACACCCUAGCCAAUUUGAGGGUUUCAUCAAGUGUACCGUGCUCCCGCCCCAGGAUCUCUACCAUCCCAUUCUACCUAUAAGAAUGCACAACAAGUUGAUGUUUGUCUUGUGUUAUGCCUGUGCACAGGCUUGUGAGUUUGAUGCGCCGGAGGAGUGCGCGCAUUCAGACGAGGAGCGUAUGUUGAAAGAUACCUGGGUCGUGGACGAGGUGCGUUACGCUCUGGAGCAUGGGUACACGUUGAUCAAAACGUUUGAGGUGUGGAUCUAUGACGGGGUCACACAGUACUGCCCAAAAAACAAGGAUCCGACCAAUGUUGCCAAGCGGGGACUGUUUGCCGAGUAUGUCAACAAAAACCUAAAGCUCAAGCUGGAGGCUUCUGGGUGGCCCCCAGAGAUGGACACUGAUGAGAAGCGGGCUGCCUACGUGGCGGACCAGGCGUCAAAGGGAGUGUUUUUGGACGUGGACAAUAUCGUAUUUAAUCCUUCCUUGCGGGCGUUGUCCAAGCUCGAGCUAAACAGUCUCUGGGGUAAAUUUGGUCAGGGGUCGAACCUCACCAAGCACGUCAUCGUGACGGCUGUUGAAAAGCACUAG